AAGAAUUUUUACAAAAAGCUUUCUUUCCAAUCUUUAUCCCAUCCAUCCGUCAUCAAAAAUCGUUCAAUCCGUUCAAAUUUUUGUUGUAUUCGGCGCGUCCCAAUCAGCUCUAUCUUUUUCAAUUACUACGCUUUCACCAAUCUCUUCGAUCUCGCCUUCAAUUUCGACAUUUAAGACAUUUGUGAAAACAUUCUCUCGUAUUUGCACAUUUAAAACCGACAUUCUUAAUUUUUCCUCUGGAUCAUUUAACAAUGUCAACUCAAGAUCAUGUUUCCUGUUCAACUGUGGCUUCUCGCGGUGCCUCCAAGAAAGUCCUGCGUCCUCUUCCUGUCUCUGCCGAGACUGAUUCUAAAUUCAAGUUGAAAAGUAACACCCUUUUCCAUCAUCCUGAGCUUGACUAUCAAAUUAUGGUACGUCAAGCUGCGUCUAUUGUCAAGCAAGCACUGACGCCUGGUUCUGUAUUGUUUUCGUUUCCCGCUUCAAUUUUUAAGCAUCGUACAGAAGCUUAUGAACUCAUUGAAGCCCAAUGUGGUGCUGUCCAGGGGUUUCGUCCUAUUAGCAAUUAUGGUACUCGCUCUGCUGGUGAAUUCAUGGUUGAAGUUAAGUUUGUAAUGCCAACAAGUACUACAAAGGCAAUGACUCACGGUGUUAGUUACAAGAACUUGUUGUUUAAAGGCUCUCCUUCUGUUCCUAGUGGCAACAAUACACUUGUGCAUGUCAAGAUGACUCUUUUGCGUAUUCCGGACAAGGAUACGUUUCUGGCGGAUCUCAAAAGAUCUCUGCGUUAUUACGGUGAAGUGUACCAGGUGAAAGAGUACACUUGCGGUGGGUACUUUGAAGGUGAGCUGUCGGUUAUCCUUGAUAUCUCGGCUGGCUAUAUUGAUGCUUCUGGUGACAAGGUCAAGAAUGAGCCACUAACAAAUAAUUUGUACUUGGAGGAAUGGGACUGUUUUGCUUCGGCAACAUUUAAAGGUGCACCCACGGUUUGUCACUGGUGUCGUUUGGCUGGACACGCACGGUCCAAAUGCCCGGAUUUGGCUAAAACCAAAUGUUUCUCGUGUCAUGGUAGUGGACAUACCGCCAAGUUUUGUAAGAAGAAAAAUCUUGGUGUUACAGAACUGCCUGUUAUGGAUGAGAUCUCAACUGAUCUUUCCUCCCCCACCGUUGAGAGCCUCCACGCUCAAGUCCUGUCUGACUCGGACAAAGAUAUUUCUGACGUGUCUACGUCCCCCAAGUUUGAACCAAGUGGCUCUGCAGCUUCUAAGUUUGCAACCACUGUUGCGAGUGUAUCCAUGGAGGUUGACAAUCACGUGAAUACUACCACUCCUGCUUCUUCGACGGCUGGUCCGAUGGUCGAAGUUACCAGUGGCGCUAUAAAAGUUGCUGGUGCCAAGCGCUCGGUUUUAGGUAAGCAUUCUGUCCCGAAAUCAGGCGUUAAAGGUCCGCUUCCCAAAUUGGUGGUUCGCACACCAUCCAAUUUAAAAGGUCAUAAUUUGUUCACGAAGACAAAGGUUGUUAAAAAAUAA